CCAAAAGCACUAAUUUGAUUUUCCUCAACUACACAAGUGGUAACUUAACGUCAAACUGUUCUGGGCUUUGUGUUCCCCUUCUGCCAGUGAAUGAGGCGUUUAACAGGACAAUGUCUACCCAGGAUCAGUGGCCUGGUAUGGAGAAGUGGCUUCUGGUGGCUGUACUGGGACUAGAAGCAUUCAUGGGAGUUGUGGGAAACAGUCUCGUUCUGCUUUUCAAAGUCAUGUGCAGGGGCCAAUUCUGCUGUCGUUACUGGCUUCCUUUCAUCAGUCUCACCCUAUCAGAUCUAGUGCAGGAAUUCCUUUCUGAAAAUGAGCCACUGUGUUCUCAAGGCUGCUCCCUCCUUAUCAUCUCUGGCUCCAUGCUGGCCAUCCUGACAGGAGGUCAGAGGUCACCGUGGUGUGAAGUUGUCAGCCUGCUGAAGUUUGCCUUCAUCACCUCCUCUAUAGGAAGCAUAGCUGUCCUCUGUGUGCAGCGGCUGAUUGGCAUGGUCUUCAGAGGAAGUGCUCUCUUUGUUGUCAUGGCGACAGCGUGCUUGGCUUCGUGGGUGACAGGAGCUGUGUUCGGGAGCGUCCCUGUUGUUUAUGCCUGGAUCAGGUAUGACCCUGCAGAGAUGCUGUGUGCUGUCUUCUGGGAGGGCAGCUACUCUGAUAUGUCGGUCUACAUUCUUUGUGCUUUCUCCGUCUGCAUCUUUCUCCCCUUCCUUCUUGUUUUUGGCUGCCUGGUGCUCAGCGCUGCUGGCUGUGGGUCCAGUGGCAACAGUGAAGAGGAGGCAGAUCUUUCUGAAGUGGCUCCUCUUUUGGUGGCCUCCUACACAAUCUGCUACACUCCCUUUGUUGUGUCUGAGCUGAUCCUGCUGGGUAGGAUGGACCUGUCUCCAGCACCGGAUUGGUUGAGGACGUUAUCCUCAGUUAUGUCGUAUCUGGACUGUGGUUUAAACCCUCUUAUCUACUGCACUCAUCAGAACUUCAGGGAGGCGGGUCUGGCACUGUUAUGGACCAAAAUGAAACCAGUGUCAGAGCCUGUGCUCACUGCUAUCAUUCAGCAUUAAAUGUAAACAUGUGAGAGGGUUGAUAUAGAAAAUUCAAAAGGUGAGCCCAAAAAUACGCAGAUUUUUUAAAUAAAACUGCCAAGUGAAUUUGAAGCAUGCUUGUUGUAUCCUGUAGUAAAUAAUUAAAAAAAAAAGAAAAUGUGAAUUAGGCUUGUUUGCAUGAAGUGAAAAAUCAAUGUCAUGUCAUCAGGGAGUGAUGCUGAAGGCUUCAUUACACAUUACUGUAAUAAGUAGAGCAUAAAAUAACAGAAACAAAACCAGAUGUGUUCAAAAGCUGUAAAGAGGAAGAAACCAAUAAAAUUGAGUCUAUCUGUGUGAGAAAAAUGGAGUGGGGUCUUCAGGAACUGUCAUCAAUCAGGUAAAUGGAAAUUAUUCUUCCAUGUUUGCAUGUUUAUUGCUGUCUGGAUGUGAAGAUAAUGAAAGAAGUGAACACAGCUGAUCAUUCAUGUGAAUUAAAUGUUCACUAUGUCAGUGCAUAGUCAGAAAAAAUAACUAUCCACAUUUACACUUUUUUUGAAAAAGUAAAAAUAAAACACAUGUAGCAUGUCUAAGAGUUUCUAUGAAAAUGAGGCAGCUUUGAAAUUUGCGUUAAUUUUGUCUAAUGUGAUACCUCAAAAUGCACACAGAUGUUUGUUACUGAAACAUGGUGAAUGACACGAUACAGGAGCUGAAACUUUUUGUGCAGAAAAAAAGUGAAACUUCAUUGUAAACAUUUUUUUUUUGCUCAUUUAGGAUGUUUUAAAAAUACAAACUUUAUGUAUCACAUUGUUUUGGUGCACUGCUCUAAAUUCCCCAUGAAGUGAUUCAACUCCAGCUUGGGAGUCAGGUCAUUUGCACAUGUCGUAUACGUAUUAUAACAUGGCUUAUUAUCUCUAAUCUAUCAACAUUUGGGCUUGAGUGUUUCUGACUCGAUUCUUUUUAUGUUUCUGCAUAAAUUUCACCUAAAAGAUUGUCAGAUUUUUCAAGCAGUUCCUGAAAGUAGACCGGUUCUGUCAAAGAGUGUGUCCUGUGAAAUCCCUGAUACAAAGUGACUUGAAACAGCUUUUGAGUUCAUAGUUAUAUUUCAACAUAUUCUGAAUCAAAAACUUGUCUGUGAACAGUGAAGUGUCUCUAACUGAAAAGGCCAGUCUUGUAAUCCAGUUCCUUCACACAAAAUAACUUAAAAAGCUUUAGCCUUCAUAUGCAUCACAUGUGAACAUAAUAUGACAGAAAACCCCAAACAGUAUCAAUAAAUACGGUGUUGAUGUUUUUUUCCCCCUCUUGGACAGAAUUUGUCAUUUUUGUCAUGUAGUGGGUCCUCUGAGUUCCCUGAAGUGAAUUAAAACUGCGUUUUUCUUCAUAUUUAUUAUAUUUCAACAUAUUCUGAAGUAAAAACUUAUUUUUAAAUCCUUAGUUUCAAACUCGACACAGUUUUGCUGCUUUUAAUGCUCUUAAAUGGCAUUUCUCUGCCUUAAAAAGAGGACACUUUUGUCAUACAGUGUGUCCUCUGAAUGGAUUGAAACAGCUGCUGCCUUCAUAUUGAUCAUGUUUGAAGCAAAUACUUGUUUCUAAAAUCCUUAGUUUUUUCACAGCUGUUUUUCUUUCAUAUUUAUCAUGACACACUGACAUUUGAGACAACAUAUGAUAUUAAGACUUUUUUUUAUUUUUGACAUUUUUGACAAAAUACGAAAAUUUAUUUAAUUAUUCAUUUAUUUGGACGAGGCAGUGCAUAUUAAUUAACAUACAAUCUCAUAAUAGUUUACAAAAGUUGCAGUAAAUAUGCUGGAUUUAGCACAAGGCUAAUUUCCAUCCGUUGUCCCACAUUAAAGAAAAAAAACAGCAUUACAGACGUAUAAAAAGCAACAUAGUAAAAGAAAGACGACAAUUACAGUAAUACUGACUGGUUAAAUGGACCCUAAAAAAGUGCUACUAUUUUAGAAAAGUGCUUUCCAGGCUUUCAUAUGGAUAAUAAAAAAAAUUACUCUGAUGUUUUUUAUGACAUUUUUCACCACACACUACACUGCAUGCCUGUGUUCCUAGAAACCAUUUUGAAUCUGUAAAUUCAGUAAUUAGUCAAUUAUUUAAUUGAUUUACAAUAUUUCUAUAACACACCGACAUUUGCACGUAGCAAAUGACAUCAGUGUAAAAGUGUAAUCGUGUAAACAGCUAGUUUUACUUGUCUUGCUGACAUAUUUUAGGUUAAUUUUCACAUGGUUUAAGAGCUGCUGAUCAUUGCUUGUAUCAAGAGAAAAUACAUCCUAAUGUUUACCGAUGUAUUCAGAGGAAGGGGAAGGGAAGAAAUGUUAAGCAGUUCAGAUUAAAUCAAUUUUCUAUACAAAAUUUGUUGUGUUUCAAUAAUCCCUCAGUUAAUUAAGGCCAAAGUCAUCAAAGUAAUUUGAAGACGAAUGUAAUCUUAAGGACUUUCAGACUGGAAAGAAGAAGACUGAGAAGAAUGAAUCAGUGGACCAGCAGCAGCAAUUCAAUUAAAUUAAAUUUAUUUUGACAUUUACAAUUCUUUAGCACAUAUGCAUUCAUCAGUAUAAACACUAACACAAAAAAAUAUUCAAAUUCAUCACAAUUUUAUUGCCUAUUUUUUGUAUGAAACAGGAGGAAAUCUCUCUUGCUUGUGCAGAAAUCUGCUCUGAAAAUUUGUGCAUUAAACCUCAUCAACUAGACAGGACACAUAGAACAUACAGUGAUAUGUAAAUGUAUAUACGUAGCUGCACAAUGGCUCGGUGGUUAGCACUGUCGCCUUGCAGCUACAAGAUCCCCAGUUUGCAUCCCAGUCUGAGUCUGAGGUUAACUGGCGAUUCUAAAUUGUUUGUAGGUGUGACUGUGAGUGUGAUUGUUUGUCUCUAUGUGUAGUCCUGUAACAGACUGUUACCUGUCCAGGUGUUCCCUGUCUUCGCCCUAAAUCAGCUGAGAUAGACUCCAGCCCCUCCGUAAUCCUAAUGAAGAUGAGGCAGCAUAUAGAUAAUGGAUGGAUGUACAAGCAUACAUUUUGUAUAUCUUUUGUCUUGUUACUAUGCACUUAGUCUCUACAGCUGUGAUGAAGUCAUUAAUUAAAUCUCUCCUGAACAA